AUGCCCUUCGAGCUCACCCGCGAUAUGUUCUCCCCUGAGGGCCGCGCCAUGCGGCUCUACGUCAAGCGCGUGUUCAUCAACGACAAGUUCGAGGACUUGGUCCCUCGCUGGAUGACCUUUGCCCGCGGCGUCGUCGACUCUGAGGACCUGCCGCUGAACGUGGGUCGUGAGAUCCUGCAGAAGAGCAGGACUCUCAAAAUCAUCCGCAAGCGCGUGGUGCGGAAGGUCCUGGACACCAUUGACGACCUGCGGGAGAACGAGCCAGCGAAGUUCGAGACCUUCUGGACAAGCUAUGGCAAGUACUUCAAGGUGGGCCUGGUCGAGGACCUCGACUACAAGGAUGAGCUGAAACGCUUUGUGCGCUUCUGGUCCUCGAAGAGUGGAGACAACCAGACUAGCCUUGAUGAGUACAUCGGCCGCAUGAAGGAGGGCCAGGACAAGAUUUACUUCGUGACGGGCGAGGGACGCCGGGCAGCAGAGAUUGCGCCAGCUAUGGAGAAGAUGCGUCAAAAAGACUACGAGGUCUUGUACAUGGUUGAUCCCUUGGAUGAGAUUUGCAGCCAGAGUAUUGUGGACUAUGAGGGCAAGAAGCUCGUGGACAUCAACAAGGCAGGACUUGAUUUUGACAAGAGCGAAGAUGAGAAGAAGGAUAUGGAGGACAAGGUGAAGGAGUAUGAAGGCGUGGCCACGUGGCUGAAGAAGCAGCUGGGCGAGAGAGUGCAGAAGGUGCAGGUCUCUGCGGCUUGA